AACAAAAUUAGCUGUCUGGGGUAGUUUUCUUUUAGCAUUCGAGAGAUUCCAUGCGAAUCCUAAUAGGACAAACAACUUUUCCAGAACUGAAUGACAUGAAGUCAGGUUGACCAGGUACCAUUCGUAGGAAACCUUGCGAAUCCUAAUAAGACAAGGAGAAUCAGGUGCACCAGGAGAGAUUCUCCUCCUUCCCGAUGCAGUUUGACUGAGGAACAAGGGGCAUUCGCAACAAAGCUCGCGAAUGGCUGUCAUUGGAUGGGACGUAGCAGAGCUUGCAGGCAUGCAGAGGCAUGCAGAGGCUUUCGUAGCCUGCCACGCGAAUAGCUUGUCGGCCACGAUCAAAGCAUGCACAGGCAUUCGCACUUGACCUCGCGAAUGGCUUGUUGGCUAUGUUCUGCAUUUCUGGCGGUCUGAAACCCCUAUAAAAAGACCCCCAGAAAUGUUGAAGCCUCAUUUCUUUCAAGCCUCAUUUCUCAACUUCACCUCUCCAACUCUCUCAAUUCUCAACUUUCAAGCCUCAUUUCUGAACUCUCAAGUGAUAAGUUUGAUACCUCUCAAGCUCUACCUACCCUCAAACUCUCUCAAGUGUAAAAGUCUCUAUAUUGUUGGUAAUUAUUUCUAACUCUAUCUCUCAUUCUAACCUUUCAAAUAUUAUAGUUUAUCAUUUGUUUUUGAGUCUCAAACUUUCUUUGAUGCCUAAUUUUCGGUUGCAUGUUAUUACUUCAUGAAGGUUUUGUAAAUGGCGGAUGAAGCAGUGCUAAGUCUCGGUCCAAAAAAUCCGACGUUGUUGGUGAAACAAAACAAACAUGUGUCGGGAUAUGUUUGGAACCAAACAAGUAAGAAAGUCUUGAAGCUGAGAUUACCCCACAUUCCUUUGGAUGGUGUCCCUCCACAAAUCGAACAAUACGUUCGAUUGGCCGGAUUUUACGAGGUCGCUCUAUGUGGUUCUCUCAAACAAGACAAAGUGUUGAUAUCCGCAUUGGUGGAGCGUUGGCGGCCCGAGACGCACACCUUUCAUAUGCCGUUUGGAGAGUGCACCAUCACUCUUCAAGAUGUUGUCGUUCAGCUGGGACUAAAUAUUGAUGGGCAACCUGUUACCGGGGUGACAUGGUGUGACUGGUCUGAUCUCGUUACUCGUGCGCUAGGAGUCACUCCACCGCGACGUGCUAUUAGAGGAAGUUGUUUAAACAUGAGAUGGUUAAACCAGUGUUUUGAUUUUCAAAACCUAGGUGCACUUGGGCCGGCAGAAGCUGAAUUUGCUGCAAGAGCAUUCAUUUUGCGCUUGAUUGGCACUUUCUUAUUACCCGACCACUCGGGAUCACAUGUGCCUCUAAGAUAUCUACUACUAAUAGAGAAUUUAGCUCUGGCCUCCACGUACAGUUGGGGUUCGGCUGUGCUUGCAACUCUCUAUCAUGAGUUAUGCCAUGCAACCGGUUAUGAACGACAAGAAAUCGGUGGUUGUAUUUAUUUGCUCCAAAUCUGGGCUUGGGAAAGGAUUCCAAUGACUGCCCCUGAAAUCAUACCGAUAUUGCAAAUCGGCUGCCCCAUCGCAGGAAGGUGGGGAAGAAACCCAAAUCGUGUUGACGUUGGUCGUCAAACGAAUCAAAUUGAUUUGUGGCGGAUCAAGCUCGACGAACUGAGAGCUGAAGACUUUGUCUGGAGGCCAUACCCAGAUCAUGUUAUAAAUUCGCUACCGGAACGGUGUUGGCAAAGUAUGCACUUGUGGAGAUCAGUUGUGCCAAUGAUAUGCUACACCUUUGUUGAGUGGCACCAACCGGAUAGAGUCUUGCAACAGUUUGGCAUGUUUCAGGGGGUACCUGACCCACCAUAUCAAAUUGAUAAACUGCAUGACAUAACUUUGGCGGGGAAGGAACAGGAAGAUUGGGUUACAGCCAUGAUGCCCUUUAUACAGGUGUGGGGGCAAAGACACCAAAGGAUAGUUCAGCAACCCGUGGUUAAUACGUUAGCUGGCCCUAACGACCGUUACAUGAAGUGGUACGCCCAACAUUCCAUUCGUUGGCUGACGCGUCAGAGUUCGACAACAGGGCAAAUUGGUGAAAACAUUCAACAUGUGUGGUAUGGACUUUCUGACGUCGAUCGCGGUAUGUAUACACCUGAGGAAAUGCAAAGCCAAGCCGCGCGUUGCCUUACUUUAUGUCACCAGCUGGACAGGAUUACUGUUCCUGCCGCGUCAGUUGAACUCAUGCCUAUGGACUUACCACGUCCCACAAUUGAAUACGUACCACAUGUUGGAAGAGCAGAAGCACAGGGUUUGGGCAAGUAUUGGAAAGAGGUGCAUGCUCAGGAUGUGACUAUACAUGGAGGUACUCUACCACCUCGAGAGGGCGAGUACUCGUUGUAUCCCCUACAUCAGGGUGAUUCAUACCGACAAUACCACUUUGGUGGUGGGUCGAGACAGCCUGCAAAUGAGUCAGGGUCAUCUGGUAGUUCCCAACACUACCAAGAGCCACAGAUGCAGAUGCCGGAGUCACAACCAUAUUCUGGCUCACAGCCAUACAUUCCGGACAUGCCGUUUGGUGAAUCACAGUCACAACAAUAUUUUCAAGAGGAGCCUCAUUCGAUUUAUGACCAGUUCAGGACACCGGAAAUGCAGCACAUUGAUCCCCAAGGAUGGAGCCCUGUACCUGGAUGGGGAGGCGGUGGUGUAAGUGAAGUGUUGGAAAUUCCCCGAGCUUCUGACGUGUUGAAUCCCCGACCAUCAUUCUGGAAUGUUGCCAACCCAGAUGCGAUCAGCAAUGCACAGGCUAGCUUUGUGUUUGACUUGAACCAAGCAUCUGGAGUAGGAGACAAUGAGUCCAACAUCCAACAUGGACUUUCUUAUGGCCAAGGUAGCCAACAUGAGAACCAAGCAGAGCAGGAAGGUAGGCCAUAUCGAGUAGCGAGAGACACACCUUGGCCUGAUUGCGGAACAGGAUCCCAUCGAACUCAUCAUUGA